AUGGACUCGUCCACAAGCCCUUCAGAACCAACUCAUGACGAGAAAUCUAAGACACUUAUCAUUGUAAUAUGUAUCGUCUGCACCGUGGCCACGAUUGCGGUGGGACUUCGCUUCUAUACUCGAUUGCGUUUACUUAAGCAACUCGGGGUUGAUGACUAUCUGAUAUUUGUCGCCUGGGCCUUCACCCUAGGCACUGGGAUUUCCCAAUGUAUGAAUACGCGCAAUGGGCUGGGUAAACAUGUGUGGGACCUGGAUAGCGCUGGCGAGGUUACGAAGUAUCUGAAGGGUUUCUAUGUCUCCAUCGCACUCUACAACUGUGGCCUCCUUUUUGUCAAGCUGGGUUUCUUGACGCAAUACUAUCGGGUGUUCUCUCUCAAAAACAUGCGGAGGACCUUUAUUGUUGCCAUGAUCAUAAUUGGUUGCUGGUCUCUUUCUCAAGUCAUUGUUGGGAUAUUUAACUGUCGACCGAUUGAUGGCUUUUGGGAGAAAACGGCCGAUUCCAAAUGUAUCUCCCACUAUCCUCAAUGGUACAUUAAUGCGGCGGGAAAUAUAAUGACGGAUAUCGUGAUCCUCGUGUUGCCACUACCAGUACUGAGGCAUUUACAUAUGCCUCGAGCCCAACGCGUUGUUCUCAUAGGUAUCUUCAGCCUCGGGUUCUUUACCUGCGCUAUAUCUGUCGUCCGUGUGAAGUUUCUCAAGCUAGGAGGCGACUUCACAUAUGCAAAUGUACAGGGAUCGAGUUGGUCUAUCGUCGAACUUUGCUCGGGUGUCACUUGUGCAUGCCUGCCUACACUGCGACCCCUUAUCUCUAAAUGGAUACCUUCCCUCUCGAACCGCCUUCACAAGCCAGUGGGGACUUACAAGAGGCACUCCGACGCAUGUAGAACCACUAUGCAGAGAGCAAGUCGACAUAUACGCUUAAGCUCUACCGCAAGCAACCAAUUGAAUACGAAGAGUAAAGAGAAGCUUUUCUACCGCGAUGAUAUAGAGGCACAUGCGAGUGACGGCGCAGAUGGCUUGGAUGGCAUCACGGAUAUGAGAGAGAAUCGGGGAAGCGUGUCAGGUCACGAGCAUAUCUCGCCAACCCCACCAGCGCGUGCUCAUAUAGCGUCUCAAAGGCCGGCGGCCUACUACAGCUGGAUGGAAUCGUCUAUCACUACGGAGAUCGGCGCGGACAGGAACAGCCAGAAACUUGAUUCUAACGCAAAUUUGUCUGAAACUGUCAUUCAAGUUCGGCACGAUGUCGUAAUGCAAAAGAUAUAG